GUGGCCGGUAAAUUGACGGGUUGACGUCAUCGUAGGGUAUCAGUGAUGAGCGGCGGUGCCGGUGUCGAUUGGCAUGAUGAAAUGGAUAUUCCUAAAAUGGAGCUCCUCAAUGCCGCCUAUGAGGGUAACAUCACGAAGGUGGCCGAGCUGCUCCGAAUGGGUGUAAACAUUGAUUCAUGCGACGACGAUUAUGUGACAGCUUUACAAAUAGCCGCUUUCAAUGGCAACAAUGCCAUGGUGACUUAUUUGCUUGAUGAAGGAGCAGAUCUAGAAGCUUGCAAUCAAGUUGGGAUGACACCAUUUCAUCAUGCUUGUCGAGAAGGAAAAAUGACCGUUGUAGAAACAUUACUACAACGAGGAGCUGACAUACAUCGAACUACAUAUAUGGGUGCAACUGCUUUGACAUUGGCAGCAGCUGGAGCACAUCUACACAUAGUCAAGAAGUUAGUGUCUUUACGGCUGGAAGUCUCUCCGCCAACUAUGGGACUCUGCCCGACACCAUUAAUAGCGGCUGCCUUUCGAAGUAGCCCUCAAAUAUGCGGUUUUCUCAACCAUAGAGGUGCUCCAAUUGACGAAACUCUUGAUGCUUUGUUGGGUCUCUCAGCUUUAUCCUGCGUUCUUAUGUGCUCAUCUACAAGCGUUUUCUGCGCUCUCUUGGAUCUUGGAGCUGAUCCGACAAAGAAAACCCUGAAGAAGAAAACUGCUGCUGAGUUAGCAGAACAAUUCAAGCGACAUGAUGUUUUGGCAAUAUUAGCGGAUAAAAGUCGCAUUAGACAUCAUGAUAGAAUUGCUGUUGGAGACAUUCGACAGCUAAUCGCAGAAAACCAGCUAGAUUCUACAGAAUUCGCACGCGGCAAGCAAACACCACUUGCAGAAGGUGCGACACCGUUGAUGUUCGCCACUGCAUUGGGAAAUGAACGAGCUGUCAGACGCCUGCUCGAUUUACGGGUUGAAGUGAAUGAUGCUGAGCUGCGGCAUGGUCUUACUGCGCUGCAAAUAGCUUCAUUGCUUAGGUUUGAUCACAUAGCGCUUUUACUUUUGAUGAAUGAUGCUAGAGCCACUGAUCUCACUACGUUGAAUCUUACAGCAUUUGACCUUUAUAUUGCAAGUUCGGAUGAAGCAGAUCCAAACCUUCGAGCCAUGUUGCAUUACUGCCGACCGAAACGCAUAGAUGGGAAAGUGAACCUUAGUGGUAGUACUAGCACAUUAUCAAAAGUUUUGAUAGCUGGUAGACCGAAGGAAUGGUUAACUCGAUUCUCAAGCCAGUUAGGUAUAACUGGUGAGUCGGAAACAGCAUCAAGUAUGUUGGAAAUGCGUCAAUGGCGGGAUUAUUGGACAAAAACGAAUGGCACUGACGGUCGAUUUAGCCGAAAACUCGUGACUGCUGAAGAGAUUUUGCGAAUGACAAAGAAUGCCACGCCGCUAAAGACGGCAAGUUAUGACACAGUGCUUGAUGCGGUGAAAAAAAUGGCACAGCAAACGCAAACAUUCGCCAUGUCCUGCUUCUAUGAUUCGUAUGUGGGUGAACUCAAGCGCACAGAGUCAGAUCGUGAGAAAGAUAACAACAAAUGGGAAUACUAUGAUCGAGCACAGAUGUACACUUCACAAUGUGGAUACCAACCGUCAAAAAGAAGGGUGAUCAAUCCGAGAGAUUCCAUAGUGGUGCACCGUAGAGACGGAAGCGAUGGAAGUCGUAAACCAAGGUUGUCAUUCCUGGAGUCACCAUCUCAGAAUCAAAUGCGCACUACUCCUAGAAUGUUGAAGAAGUCGCGAGAAUCUAUGGUUAUGGACGAGUCUGUGACGCGGAGCGGCUAUGAGCAACUGAGAAAGGAAUGUCUAUUAAGAACAGCGUCGACGCCACUGCUUGUGCAGGUGCCUACCAUGCUAUCUACACCACAUGUUCGUUUGGCUUUGAGCCAAUCGGAACGAAGAAGGACUGUUGAAGAAAUGAUCUGGGGUGAGUUGCGUAAACACGGUUUGAUGCAGUACGUGGAUAUACUUCAAAGGGAGGAAAUUGACGCAGAGUCAUUCUUCACAUUGAACGAUCAUGACCUCAAGAACAUGGGCAUCUCGUCUGCGGCCCACCGUACGGCAAUCCUCAAUGUAAAAAAUCAUCUCAUCAGCAUAUCGUGAUUCAAUACAGUACUAGUCCUGUUCUCUGGUCCAUUUAACUGGUAUGCAUCUAAACAAUUGGAAGAAUUGUAUGUGUGAAAAAUCAGUAGCGAACACAUUGAUAAACACAGGCAAAACUCUUGCCUUUUCAUUACGUAUAGGGCAUUUGAAAAAUCGUGCCGAUGGCGCGACCGCGCGCGAAGCGCACGCCACUUCCAGAAAUCGC